AAUCAGAGUCGAGAAAGAAGAGGCGGAAGUCCAAAUUGUCUCCUGGGUUCCGAAGCUUCUCUGAAGCAUCGACGGUUUCAGUUACACGCGAGCGCGCGAGCGGCGGCGGCGGCUUCCUUCUGCUGGUUACAGGUUUUAAGUUUGGAAGUGCUUGAUCCCUCACACACAGACACACACACCCUGACAACUAGACCACCAUGAGCAGCAAUUACAGCGUGUCCCUGAUCGGACCCUCGCCCUGGGGCUUCAGACUGCAGGGGGGCAAAGACUUUAGCAUGCCUCUUACCAUCUCCAGGCUGACGGAUGGAGGAAAAGCGGCCAUGGCGAGGAUCAGCGUUGGAGAUGUCGUUCUGUCCAUCGACGGCAUCGCUACAGACACCAUGACUCACCUGGAAGCUCAAAACAAGAUCAAAGCCUGCACAGGCAACUUGAGCCUCACCCUGCAGAGAGCAUCCAGUGUUCCCAAAGGCGAAGUUAAGAAGGAAGAAUCACCGGAGAUAAUUAAACCUGUGCCCAUCAGCCACCCAUCAGCUCCUGCCCCUAGUGCCAUCCCCACCACCAAUCCUCCCCAAAGUAGUGCCUACAACAAGACGGCCCGCCCGUUUGGAGCGUCCUCCAAUUUUAGAGCAGUCAGCCCGUCCUCCACUCCUGCAGCGCCCAAAGCCUCCAUCCCUUCUGCCUCCUCAGCAUUUACCCCUGCUGCUCCAUCCCAGCAACCUCCAUCACAACCCACACAAUGCCCACAACCUCCCUUCCCACUAGCCAGCAGCUCCACCUCCCGCACCGUCUCCUCUCUUAACCCUGCCAACAAACCUGGCUCUGCUUACUCCCCUUUCUCUCACUCCUCCUCCUCCUCCUCGUCCUCUGGCUCGUCUUCGCCAGCCAGAGUGACGGGUCCCGCUCCCUCAUCUGCCCCUGCUGUUCCACCGCCUUCAGUCUAUAACACACCAAUCAACCUGUACUCCAAUGAGAACGCAUGCGAGGUGGCUAUGGGUCAGAGGCGUGGCUUACUGGAGCAACAGGGUGGAAUAGAGCAUCAGAAUGGGAAGACUCCACCCAGAGUUCCCCGGAAGCCCAUCACAGAUACGGAUCUGGUGGUGAACCACGGCUCUCACCUGAGCGACGCCAGUAAGAAACGUCUGAUUGAGGACACGGAGGACUGGCGCCCGCGCACCGGGACCUCUCAGUCCCGCUCCUUCCGCAUCCUGGCACAGAUAACUGGCACAGAGAACGAACAAGCCCAGGAGAACAGCCCUGGAAAGAACGAGGCAGUAGAGGAUGUCCAUGCAAACACCCAUGCCACUUCCAUGGUUAAAACCAUGGCCAAAGUGUCACGCACUGGGAAUGGAGUCUCUCCACCAACCACCGUGCCUGCCAAGAGCUGGCAGUCUGGAAACACUGCAGGACUUCCUAAAGCAGGUGUGCCAGCUGUGCAUACAGGACGGGUGACUGGCGGCGUUCCAAAGGGUCCUGACCGCCCCAAACCCCAACCUCACCCCAAAGAUCAAGAUUCAUUGGUGCAGCGAGCGGAACACAUCCCUGCUGGAACACGUACUCCCAUGUGUGGUCACUGCAACAUCGUUAUCAGGGGUCCAUUCCUGGUGGCUAUGGGGAAGUCAUGGCACCCAGAGGAGUUUAACUGCGCUCACUGCCGCAGCUCUCUGGCUGAGGUGGGCUUUGUGGAGGAGCGCGGCGCUGUUUACUGUGAGCAUUGCUACGAGCAGUUCUUCGCCCCCACCUGCUGCCGCUGCCAGCAGAAGAUUCUCGGAGAAGUGAUCAAUGCCCUGAAGCAAACCUGGCAUGUGUAUUGCUUCCUGUGCACCUCCUGCCAGCAGCCCAUUCGCAACAACACCUUCCACCUCGAGGAUGGACAGCCCUACUGCGAGAGGGACUAUUACAGUCUUUUUGGUACCAGUUGCCAUGGCUGUGACUUCCCCAUCGAGGCAGGGGACAAAUUUCUGGAGGCUCUGGGCUUCACUUGGCAUGAUACCUGCUUCGUGUGUUCGGUGUGCAGCACCAGUCUAGAGGGUCAGACUUUCUUCUCCAAAAAAGACAAGCCACUUUGCAAGAAGCAUGCACACACUGUCAAAAUCUGACCUGCAAGAAAAGCAGACAAUGGGAUGAAUUUUUUGUCGUUUUAAAUAAAGCUCAGUCAGCUUUUAGUGUUUAUUAUAAGAGAGUGAUUUUUAAGAUAUUGAUAAAGACGUUACUGGGAAAAGUGGUUAGUUCUUGAUACGCUGAUCGUUGGAGUAUAUAUACCGUAUGUCACUAGUCUUUAAUGUUUUCUGUGUUUCCUAUGUUGAGCUCUAUGAAAUAAAGUAUUGAUGAAGCUUUCGAAGACAGUAAUAUAUCUUUUGUUUUGCUCUAUGCUUUAAAUAUAUUACCAAUGAGAGCUGGGUGUUUUUGUUCCUGCCGUUGUAAAUGUACUGUUCUCAUGGUGUUUCCUCAACUUUUUCUGUGCCAAUACAUAUUCUUAUUAUGAUGUGUAUUUUUUGGGGGGAAAAGUAGCAUGUAGUUAACGUGACCGAGCGAGAGCAGGUCAUUUUUUUCUGAAAAGCAAAGAGUUUUGUUCAUGUGUGCAGGAGCUUUUCUCACAGGCUUCAGUAAUAAAGGCUGUUGUAUCUGAUUGCCUCUUAGCAUGUAGGUGCUGCUUCAGAGCUACAUGUUUGAUCAGCACUCCUCCCCUGCUCCAUCUAGAACAGUUUCCCAGGUAUAUUUAUUGAUGCAUUUACAGGCUUCCUGAUGGCUUCGCACAUAUUUCACAGACUUCCACUGACUGUCGAGAGGAAAAAUUGGUUUAACAGUUGUUAACGGUGAUGUUUUAUGUCGGAUGCAUUUUGGGGCUGUGUGUUGAAUCUGAACCUGCACUCCGGUGUACGCCGCUUGUCAGUGUAUUAAUUCAGCUGCAAUGAGCACAUCAUUUUUAAGAAUCCAUUUUUAUAAGCUCUAACGUGCACUCUGGUGUUAUGAUCUGUUUUUUAUUCUCUAGCCGUUAUGCAAAUGUUUGCUAUGAAACGAGGGGAAAAUAAACACUGUUCUUUACAAGCUUUCUGCCUCAAGCUCUAGUAAAGAUUCAGACCAACUGUGUUACAGCUAAUAUUGUUUAAAAUAAAAUUAAAUAAAAGGUUUGUUUCUAUGGUGA